AUGAGUGACAAAGGUUCAACAAAUCGAGCUCCGACGUCAGAUAUCCCCGUUGCCGUGAAACUGCUACGUCCUGAGGCCAUGGUCGGGGACUUUUACACGAGCUUUUUGGACGAGUUGCGUGCCAUGCAAUGCCUCUCCCAUCCGAAUCUGAUCCGACUGCAUGGUGUGGUUCUGUCGAAUCCGAUCAUGAUGGUGACGGAAUUAGCUCCACUGGGUAGUCUAUUGCUUCAUCUCCGUGCUCAAUCGGUUUGCGCAGCCAAUGCGGCCGCCAGCAAUGGGGAUUCGAACUCAGCUACUCCGCUAUGCCAGGUACCCCGAGCGUUACAAAUCGAUUCGCUCUGGGAUAUGGGGGUGCAAAUCGCUUGUGGCAUGGCCUAUUUGAGUUCUCGUGGUCUAGUCCACCGGGACCUUGCUGCACGUAAUGUCCUCUUAGCCUCGGUUCGCCGAGGUCAGUAUCCCCAGGUGAAAAUCGGUGACUUUGGCCUUGUAAGAGCGGUAACCUGUAUCACAACUAAGAAACUACCGGAAGAGGAUAGUGAGGCUGGUUUGACUUCCUCCCAGCCGGACGCAGUCUAUACUGGUCGUGUGGAGCAACGCAUUCCGUUUGCAUGGUAUGUGUAUGAUAUUCCUUGCACGAAAAAAACACGGUUGUGUUUACCUCUAGAAACGCAUAGGACAACUGUUUCACCAUUUGAAGUUCUAUUUUCGUUCCACAAUUUCCGUGUUAUCUCCCGCAUAUUUUGA